AUGACAAGUUGGAAAGAAUGGAUGGGUGACACAUAUUAUGAGAGAGAUGAUAUUCAUCCAAUGGAGACAAAUGAAGUAGAUGAAAAUAAUAGCUUCAAUGAAAGUAACUAUUUUUUCGACGGCACAUCACCAUUCGAAACGGAUAUUCAUCCAAUGGACACAAAUGAAACAGAUAAAAAUGAAAGUUUGAACGAAAGUCGUUAUUUCUUCGAUGACACAUCACCCUUCAAAACAAAUAAGGUGUUCAAUUCUCGUCAAGAAUUGAUGGAUUGGGUGCAAAAUAUGGCAAAUACUUUAGGUUAUGUCAUCGUCAUAAAAAAUUCUAAACGUAAUUUUAAUGUUGUAUUUCAAUGUGACCGUGGAGUGGAAGAUUUGUUGAAAAAAAAUGUCAAACCAAAAGAUAUAUUAUCUGCACUAAAAAACCUAAAUCCGAAAAAUGUAUCUACUCUCAAAACUAUCUACAAUGCAGACGAAAAACUUCGACGUAGGGAGAGAGAAGAAGAUUUAUUCUUUGCUCAUCCAAGAUCAUUAGAAAUAUGGCGUGCAUUUCCACAUGUCUUGUUAAUGGAUGCAACAUAUAAGACAAACAAGUACGGGAUGCCUCUAUUGGAGAUUGUUGGUGUAACUCCAACAAAUAUGACAUUUUCCAUUGCAUUUGUGUACAUGCAUGAAGAAAAACAGUCCAACUAUGUUUGGGCUUUAGACUGUCUAAAAUCGGUAAUGGAAGGAUGUAUGUUGCCGCGUGUUAUUGUGACUGAUAGAGAAAUGGCUCUCAUGAACGCAUACACUAUUAUAUUUCCAGAUGCUAAAGGAUUACUUUGCAGAUGGCAUAUAAAUAACAAUAUCAUGAAGAAAUGCAAAUCAUGUUGGGAUGUUCUUUAUACGUCAUGGACGAGGUUGGUUAACUCUGAAACAAAGGAAGCAUACAACAAGAAUUUGGCACAAGUUGAAAAAACUACGAACAAUUAUCCAGAUGCAUAUUCUUAUCUAAACAAAACAUGGUUGACACCACACAAAGAAAAGUUUGUGUCUGCAUGGACCGAUAAGUUUCUUAACUUUGGCAAUCACACAACUAAUAGAGCUGAAAGUCAACAUGCCAAGUUAAAAAGAUAUGUCGAAACAUCACGAUCAGAUAUCGCCAAAUCAUUGAAGCGUAUUGCUGAUGUUGUUGAGUCACAAUACACAGAUAAGUUUUGGAAGAAACUUGAUUUAUUAGAAUGCAAAUCGUUAGAAGAUGAUAAUUUGGGUUGUGCAGUUGAGGUAAAUAUGUUUAAUGCUCAUUACGAAAAACAAUCAAGACCUGUUAAGUUAAGUUUAGCAAGGAAGUUACUAAACUUAAUCACGCCGUCAACAACUUCAGUUUCUGAACCUGCUACUCACAAAAAUACUCGUGGGUGCCCCUCCUUAAAGAAGAAACCUUUCAAGAAAACCCAUAUCGAUUUAAACCACGACCCACCAACUCAACAUCCACCACCUCAAGAUCAACCGACUCAAGCGCCACCAACUCAAUAUCCGUCUCGACGUAGCAUUUCUACUUAUACGCCUGAUUAUAUGCAGUCUAAUUUGUUUGAUCUAAACCAGGAGCCGGAUAGGCACAGUACGUACUCGUUCCGAGAACCUCCAAUGUUCAACUCAACUUUUAAUCAGGAACAAUCGAUGCAUAGCUCGUACUUCAACCAAGAACAAGUAAUGUAUAAUUCAGAUCCACUUAUGAAUGAAAUUCCGUAUGAAUUUCAUCCAUAUGUCACAAACAUACAAAACGUGAGGGGAGAUGGAAAUUAUGGAUUUCGUGCAAUAGCUGCGUGUCUCGGUUAUAGUGAAGAUAAUUGGCGUCAAAUCCGCUUAGAUUUACAGAAUGAGUUGUUAGCACACCCAGCUGAGUACGCACAGAUUUUUUAUUACGAUUUAAACACCAUACAUCACUCAUUGAAUUUCAAUGGAUCACAUUUCGCACUAACAGAUCAUUGGUUGAUUAUGCCGGUCACUAGCUUUCUCAUUGCUAACAAGUAUAAUAUAAUAGUUAUUUUUCUAAGCAAAGAUAGUCCAUCAACAUGUUUUCCACUAUGGCUUGGUCCCCAAGACAUCUCAACUCAUAGAGUUGUUGUUAUUGCUCUUGUUAGAGGUGAUCAUUAUGUGAAGGUUGAUUUACAUGGAGCAUAUCAAAUGCCUACUAUUUUACCACUUUGGCGUCACAACAGAUCAUCACGGUCUGCUGGAUGGGAAACUGUUUAUGCUGCUCGCCUGAAUUCCUACAUUUCUCCAUUUGCAACACACAAUAAUUGUAACAAUUCUACAGUUAUAAUAUCUGAUAAUUAA